AUGGAUUAUACACGGCUUGUGCCCAAGACAAGUCAAGAAAGACUUGCCCGGAUUCGCCAAAUUCACCAGACUUACACGCCCGAAAGGCUGAGAGCAACCUUUAAAGCUUUCGGAGUCAAACGAGAACAGCUUCAGAAGCAGCUAGUAGCUCUCGAUGCUCUGUCCGACAUAAUAAAGCAGUCGUUGAUGGAGUCAACCUCUCCUGCGAAACGUCUACCCUUGGAGAUCAUUUCUAUGAUCCUAGUAUAUCAUAUAUGCGGCAACUAUGGCUCUCUCCAAGCAGCCAUGCUCGUUUGUAGAAGGUGGCACAGAGCAGCGAAGCUCGCCGGAGAGAUAUGGAGUACUAUCGAGGUUCAAAUGGGAUAUCACUACCUGAGUUCAGAUGGAGUAGCUCGAUGUGGAACGGAAAAACAGCUACUUCGUGCAUUCACGCGUAGCGAGGGGUUGCCGCUCAGCAUCAGCUUCGAUGCCAUUUUUGGGUCUUAUGAAUCCCAUGUGACUGCACUCUUCAACUCGGUCAGAGAACAUUUCCCAUCUCCCCGAGCCCGGUCCCUACGAGUAACCAACAUUCAUCAGUUGGCCUCAGCGCUCUUCGACUCUUGGGACUUGACCGGUCUGGAGGAGAUUGAGACGGAAGAUGAUCGUUUACUCAAACGAGCCAUCUUAGAAUCUCGGAAGCUCGCCAUACUUCGCAUCAGAGGAAGUCAGCUGAAGCCAUUUCAAUCCCUGCCUCUCUGGGGCCGCCUGCGCAAGCUUCAUAUAAGCAAGGUAGACGGUACAGUCUUAGGUCGAAUCCUUAUCCUGUGUGAGCGCGUGAGCGAUCUUACACUGCAAGACUGCGAGCUAAAUCCGCAGGCCAAUCCAAUUCUAAUGCCCCAGCUCUGGUAUCUGGUUCUUAGGUCAUGCACUCCAUUCUGGCCGAUCGACUGCCCCAAUAUCAUGAAGCUCUCCCUCGAAUACACCGGACGUUCGGAUUCCAUCAUCCACACCGAUAUCGUACUCCCAAGACUGAGGAUAUUCGAUUACACCGGAUCGAGUGCAGAUAUACACCUUCCUGUAUUCAAGGUUCCGAACUUGGAAGAUCUGAAAAUUUCAGGUCCAUGGAAUUCAGUCUGUUUCGAGGAUAACGACAAUCUACUCUCGCGGCUUUGGGUCAAUAGGCCCAGAGAAGAGCGCUUCAAUCCAUGCGUGCUACAUCUCAGAAACAUGCGUGUUGACCAAAAGCUGCUUGCGAAGGCUCUGGCAACUCUCACGCGCUGUGUUAAACUCAGAUUGCAUGGGAUUGUACACUCUGUCGAGCUCUUCAAGGUUCUAAAGGUAGAGCAGAAACGUAUCCAUUCCGGUAUUGCCAUUUCGAGAACCCUCGAAUCUCUCGUCAUCACUUUCUCCGGAUUACGUAGAGUCAGCCGCUCUGCACUCACACAUCGCGCCCGCGAGUUUGCAGAGGCGAGGAAGUCAGCUGGCAUUCCAUUGCGUUAUUUGGAGAUUGGCUACGACAUCCUCGAGGAUUGCACGAGCAACCAAUAA